AUGCUGUUUUCCAAUAUUGUGGCGAUCGCAGCCCUCAUGCCGGCCGUCACAGCGUCGACGCUGCGGCCGUCUCCCGUUGCACUCCAGCGUAUACUGAACAACAUCGGUGCGAAUGGAUCUGAUGUGGCUGGAGCCUCCGCCGGCGCCGUGGUAGCCUCUCCAUCUACAUCAAACCCUGACUGUAAGUUUGCACAAGGUAGUACCGUGCCUCGUACAAGAUUAACAAUAUAUAGACUUCUAUACCUGGACCGGGAUGCGGCUUUGACCUUUAGCAUGGUCGUUGAACGGUCUCUGGCUGGCGAUAAUUCCCUAGAAUCCCUUAUCCACCAGUACAUUGCCGCUCAGGCCAAGCUGCAGACUGUCUCUAACCCAUCUGGGGACCUCUCAGACGGCACUGGGCUUGGCGAGCCGAAAUUCUACCCUAAUCUCACAGCGUUCCUGGGUUCCUGGGGCCGCCCUCAGCGGGACGGACCGGCUCUGCGAGCGUCCACUCUUAUUGCUUAUGGCAAACACCUGAUGGCUGCUGGACAGCAGUCGGUGGUUAAAUCGAAUAUCUGGCCUGUUGUACAGAACGAUCUGUCUUACGUCGCCGAAUACUGGAACCAGACCGGAUUUGAUCUGUGGGAGGAAAUAGAGGGCUCUUCUUUCUUUACGAUCGCCGCGCAACACCGCGCAUUAGUGGAGGGCGGUGCUUUUGCUGCAGCGCUCGGUCAAUCGUGUGAUGGCUGUGACUCGCAGGCCUCGCAGAUCCUUUGCUUCCUCCAAGAUUUCUGGAAUGGUACAGCUGUGAUCGCCAACCUGGCUGCCAACGACGGCCGCUCAGGACUGGAUGCGAACUCGUUGCUUAGCUCUAUCCACACCUUCGACCCUGCCGCGCGUUGCGAUGACACCACAUUUCAGCCCUGCUCUGCACGUGCUCUCUCAAACCACAAGCUAGUCGUCGACUCUUUUCGCUCUCUCUAUGAGGUCAACAGGGGAAAGGCUGCCGGGAGUGCAAUUGCCAUCGGUCGCUAUGCAGAAGAUACCUAUCAAGGCGGAAAUCCAUGGUAUCUAUCCACAUUAGCGGCCGCGGAGCAGUUGUACGACGCUCUGUACCAAUGGAAAAGACAAGGGUCGCUUUCUAUCACACAGACAAGCCUUCCAUUCUUUCAAGACCUUGUCUCAUCUGCUGCGACAGGAAACUACUCCAGCUCUUCCACCACGUAUUCCUCAGUCACGAAGGCUGUUCAGGCCUAUGCUGACGGAUUCUUCUCUGUGGUGCAGCAGUAUACUCCCGACAACGGGACUCUGUCUGAACAGUUCAGCCGAGACAACGGCACUCCAACCUCCGCACGGGAUCUGACCUGGUCCUACGCGUCGUUUUUGUCUGCCGUCGCCCGUCGUGGUGGCAGUGUGCCAAGCUCCUGGGGGUCAUCGCGGGCCAACAAAGUGCCAACUCAGUGCCAGCCGAGCUCCGCAACUGGAACCUAUGUUACGCCGGCAGUCACAUCUUGGUAG